CUACAAAAGGCUACUAUGUUGACCUCAGCCAAAAUUCUGUUGAUUUCAAAUGUGUUUAGUUUACUAUUAAUUGGAAGUCAUGGGAAAGAAAGUCUAGAAAGAAACACAACACAAAGCAUUGCAGCAGACCUAAAAACAAUGGAAAAUGAAUCUGUUCCUUUGGAAAGUGAUGCAAAUUUAAGCUCAGAUAAAGAAAAUAGAGAAACCUCCAAUCCCGAGGCAAGUAAUUCCUCUCUUUGGGAUCCAUUAAAUAAACGCCAUGGAACAACAGAAGUCUUCAGCAAUUCAUCAACAAACAACUUUUCUAGGAAUCCAAGACCCAUGCCUACGUCUCCCACAAGCUCUCCUCUGAUCCAUAGCUUUGUUUCUAAAUUGCCUUGGAACUCAUCCAUAGCAGAUGAAAAUCCUCUUCCAGUCUCAGCACCUCCCAAAGCUACAUCUGCUAUAUCUUCAGAAAAGUUCACUUGGUCUUCAGCCAGUGAUACCAUAAAAACUCCUGGCAACAGUUCCAUUUCAGUUAGCAUCCUCCCCACGGCACCAAACACCACGUCUGUGACCCCCAUGAUAACAAAACCAGAAGAAUGGCUCACCACAUCCAAUGAUAGCUUCAUAGGGUUUACCCCGUACCGAGAAACAACAACUCUACAGCCCACUUUAAAGUUUACCAAUAAUUCAAAAAUCUCAAAUACAUCAGACCCCCAAGAAGAGAAUAAAAAUACAGGAGUAGUAUUUGGGACCAUCUUAGGUGCUAUUCUGGGUGCUUCAUUGCUUAGUCUUGUUGGCUACUUGCUGUGUGGAAAAAGGAAAAUGGAUUCAUUUUCCCAUCGGAGACUUUACGAUGACAGAAAUGAACCAGUUCUGCGAUUAGACAAUGCACCAGAACCUUAUGAUGCGAGUUUUGGGAAUUCUAGUUAUUACAACUCAACUGUGAAUGAUUCGUCUAUGCCAGCAGGCCAAGAAAAUGCACGGGACAGCAUUCCUAUGGAUGACAUACCUCAACUUCGUACCUCAGUAUAA